AUCAGCAAUCCACAACCAGCACAAUUCCACUCAUCUCACCUCCAUGAACCCAAACAGUCCAGAUAUCCUUGACAGGGCUGGCCCACAGCCCCAUGCGAGAUGACAGACAGCGCCAGCACACACGCAGCACACGCAGCCCGCGCCGCCCGCGGGCGGGCGCAUCCUCGCCGAAGCCCUACAGAAAGACCUCGGCUUGGCGCCACGAUUGGGCUUCAUGUUUCCUGGGGAUUCGACUCACGGCGGCUAACUGCGCCGCCAACAAGGCUGGCCUAGUCUGCAGUAGGCUGGCAAUCGAGCCUUUCUGUGUAUAAGAAGAGACCACACCAUUACCAGCCUCAUGCUGGGCGCCUAGUUCUGUGUGUGCCUUCAACCCUCCGUGCGCAAUGGAGAAACUCCGCACCAGCUCGUCGACCGACCGACCGGAGACAAGGAUUUUCGAGGAAUGCGAGACAGAUGACUGGGUGGAACGGCGCAUUUCGGUGCUGGAGUUCAAUGCCGAGACCCCGCGCUACUCGACAGUAAUAUUCACCUCAACCACGACCCUCGACACACCCUCUCACCUGCCCCUCUUCCCCGCCCGCUUCCAACCCAUCAUCACCGAAGACCUGAACGGCUCCUUCGACUGCGAGGACAUCCCCAACGAGGCCGGCCAAUUCAUCCAGCACAGAUCAUGGUCCACCUACAAAAUCAAACGCGUGAUCGAACCCCACAAAUACCACUGGACGCAAGCCACCUGCUACGUGGACUGGGACCCGCGCACCAGCCAGCAAACCGUCUACUGCAUCGACCUGCCCCUGCCGCCGCGCACAUUCCUGAAGGCCUUCUUCCCGCCAGCGCGCCAGCGCGCUCACGACCCGUACGCCUGGCACGCGGCGUUUGCGACGGCGUUGAUCCCGGAAUAUGACCGGUCGAUCUGGGGGCUACGGGAUCUGGUGCGGGAGAUUGAGAAGGGCCGACUGAAUCCCACAGCCCUGACGCCGGAUUUCUUCCCGCACCUGCACGACAUCGCGCGGCACAUCUUCCACGCCAACGAGACCCUCGAGGUGGCACAGCAUACCGUGGAGAGUCUGGUGCGGGAGCAGAUUCGGUCGGCGGGGUUGUAUGCUCCAGGAGCAGCAGCAGGGACGACUCCCAGCUCCAGCGCCCCCUCGCACCAUCACCACAAUCACAGCCACACCUACAAUAGCUGUGUUUCAGCACCAAGCACGCACAUCUUCACCCUCCAGACCGAACGCGCCCUCCGCGCCGUCGCCAAGCAGCUGCAUGCGCUGCACACGCGCAGCCGCUCGCUCACGGAGCGGUUGCACAAUGAGAUUAAUCUCGGUUUCAACCUCGUCUCCCAGCAGUUCGGGCACGACACCAAAUCCGACUCGGCGAUGAUGAAGACCAUCGCCGUGGUGAGUAUGGUCUAUCUGCCGGGGACGUUUGUGUCGGGCCUGUUCGGAACGAACUUCUUCAACUUCACCGACGGUGACGAACAUACCUGGUUCAUGGCGGGCUCGUUCUGGUUGUACUGGGCGGUGACGAUCCCCCUGACCCUCGCCACCAUGGCGGUCUGGGCUUGGUGGCAUUAUUUCCGGCCAGCAAAGCGAAGAACCAGGAAAAGGCCGGUGCCACAGAGGGUGGAGACGGUGUGAGGAUACGGAAUGCCACGGAAGGGUUACGUGUGGGAGCGACGAUGUGAUGACUGAUGAUUGCAGUCUGAGAACUCAUAUAAUGGGUUAUAGUACGAUGUGUCCGGUCUGACAUGAUGUUAUAAUGAGUUAUGAUUAAUAAGAUGUGAAAAUAUGGCGCAAUAGCUAAUGUAAAUGGCAAUGAUUCAGAGGCACAUGAUGAGACAAAUGCUGAAUCGGAAGCUAGCAAGUAGCUUGGGUCGAAUCCU